CCACCAGCUAAACCCUGACCUGGGAGCCGCCGCCGCGCAGCAUGAGCGGAGCUUUACCACCGGAGCACCGGUGUGCGCGGUCCCGAGCGAGCCGCCUGAGCCGGAGCUUCAGGAUGUCUCAGGCGGCGGAGCCGGAGCCUCCGCGGCCCGUUGCAGAGUUUCGGACCCCGUCUCGACUGCCUCGAUGCAGAACAGCCGAGUCUCCUCAGCAGGACCCGGAUUGUCAGCAGGACAUUGUGUGGGAUGCCACAUCGCCGUCGCCACGCCGAUCAGGCAAUCGGGGCAAAAACCACGUGGCAAGAGGAGUGGACAUCUCAGAGAUUGUAAGCAGGAUCGCACCGAAGCAUGGCAGGCCGGCAGUACCUGAGCCCACCCUGCAGCAGUGGAUUGGGGACAGCGCCACCAUCCCCUGCACGCCAGACCUUCAGGCUCCGAAACCCAGGAAGUCUCCACGGCGGACUGUGGUGGACGAUUUGCUGAGACUCGCUAAACAGUUUGACCUCACCAUGUUCCGACCCGAUGCCCCCGAACCCCCGCUGAGCCCGGAGCUCCUCACUGAUGCUGCGUUGGAGUCCACGAAUCAUCAGACCGCCGUUCAUCCCACCGAGGUUGACGAUCUGGACUUCCUGUUUGAUGGACCGACGCAACACCUGAGCGGACGGCUCAGUCAGCCGUCACAGGUCGGACCCAGUGCUGUUGAUGUUAAACCCCUCCCCACCAGCACCGCCUCGCAUGGUGCUGAAAUCCAGGACGACUGGGAAAACGACCACUUGUUUAACGACUCUUUGGUUUUGGAGAUGGCGCAUAAUCCAGAGAUGUUUCUAGCUCCGAUCGAUAGCUCCACCCAGAAGCCAAUCCCUCGAACUGGACAGGUGAGGCAUCAGAACUCGUCCCCUGUCAAACUCCGCCAAUCAGCAGCCGGCACAGGGAGGCUGAGCCGGGUACCGGGCUGCAGCUCAGACUCGGCUUCUGCUCUCAGAUUGGUCCAAACAGCAGCAAACAAGGAAAAUGUGAGUCCAGGAGCAAGGGUUGAGUCAGUCUGUGGGGUGAGCCAGGGACCGGACCGCCGCUCAGAGCCGCCGUUCACCACCAGAGACUUUCUGCUGGACGACCUGGACGCUUUGUUCUCGGCCGAGCCUCUUUGGGACGACGCUGAAGACGACGAUUUGCUGUGCCAACUGUGCGAAGACCUGGAGAGGCAGGUCGACUCCAAUGUCCCUGCGUCCAACCAGAGAGCGGCUCCACACACGCCCUUCAAUAAGCCUAAAGCAGACACUACCUGUACGAACUACGCCUCCUCCAGAGGCCCCGUUCCCACCGGGGCCCCUGUGCAUCGGAGUACCGCUGGUGAACCUGUCAGGUUCAAGCAGGAGGUUUCAGGAUUCGGCAGGUUGGAGACUCCCAGGAGGAACGAUGGGUUCCCAACAAGCACACACAAAGACCGGUUCUCCUUCAAGAAGCCAAACAACCCAGUUUCCACGGUUACCAACACAGCGUCUCUGAGGUGUUCGGAUGCAGAGAUCCAGAUGAAAAAGCAGCAGGCGAUGGAGAGGAGGAGGCAGAGGCUGCAGGCUGCACCAGGCUGGAGUCGAACCGGCAGCUUGGGAUGAGAAGGAAGUGAUUGUGUGUUGGACACUCUGAAGCUGCAGCCUGAAAAUUUUACAGCGGUGAGCUGAGGACAGAGACAGUGGAGACAUGUGGAAACCUCAGCUAAGCUCCUCACCGCUCCCUGUCUCCGAGAUGUUUUUAAUACCCUCUGUGUGACCUGCAGGAGGCGCCGUCUCUCACACUGAGCAGAUGGAUGAUGUGGGCUGUUGCUCCUCAGCUGAACUUGCAGUGGAAACUCAGUGUAGCAUUGUAGAUCCUUGGUGUGUUUUCUACUGUUAAGUAGGAGUUAAACAGUUCAGUC